GUAAUGUAGAGGCCAGGUUAAUUUGUCUUUUUGUUUAGUUCCUUGUAAAUAUUUGGGGUUGGUCACUGCUUUAAGGGCUGUGCUGGCUAGGUGAAAGCAUUAUCCUGUGGCUGUAGCAAUUCACUGUCUCUUAUUCUCUGUUUGCUUGAAGGUUUGUAAUGGACAGCCGAGCUCCUUGAAGUACUUCUCUUUGGGAUGGGAGGUCAUCUGGUAAUGGAAGAAAAUGGAGUUGACCAUGAUGCUGAUAUGGAAAGAUCUAAUGUUUUGUUUGUAGGCAACUGCAAUGCUACAGGACAGUUGGAAACAAACAAUCAAGUUUUUCAGUGUUUAACCUGCAUGGAUUCCAAGGAUCCGUUGUUUGGACAGAGCGACUCUCCCGCAGCCUUGCCUAUCACAGUACGCCUUUUGGGUAGUUCUCCAUCAUUAGCUGCACUUGCACGGCCACCCCAACCUCAGCCUCUCUCUGCAGAGGAGUUCCACCUGGUAGACCAAAACGGGCAGCCUCUCUAUGAGCUGCAGCCCCUGGGAAGGCCCAGCGCGCAGAUGAUGAUUGUUGCCAGCCAGUCAGAAAAUGGCCAGGUGCUGCAUGUCAUUCCUUCUGCCCAGCCAGGAGUGGCCCAGGUGAUUAUUCCUCAAGGUCAGCUUCUGGAUGUGACCAGCACUCAGGAUGUUUCAGAUGAGAAGUGUGGUGAUGGGAACUUGCAGACUGUGGCAAUGGCUGCUCUAGCAGACAGCGCAAGCAGUUACAUUCUACCUCCACAGGCAUCUCUCACUGUAUCAAAAAAAACAGCCACCAGGAUGUUGGAAGACUCCUUUCCCAUCCCUCUCCAGCAAUUGCCACCAAAUACGCCUGCAUGGGCACGCCGUCUCAGGAACUGUGAGAAAAUUGGGGACUCAUACCGCGGCUAUUGUGUGAGCGAGACAGAAUUAGAGAGUGUUCUAACGCUACACAAGCAGCAAACACAAAGUGUGUGGGGGACUCGCCAGUCUCCAAGCCCAGCCAAACCCGCCACACGGUUGAUGUGGAAAUCUCAGUAUGUCCCAUAUGAUGGGAUCCCCUUUGUCAAUGCAGGAAGCAGAGCCAUUGUAAUGGAGUGCCAGUAUGGACCAAGAAGGAAAGGGUUCCAGCCCAAAAAAGCCAGUGAGCCUGAAAGGAUUUCUGGCCAUCUGUACAAAGCCACUUGUCCGGCAAGGAUCUAUAUUAAAAAGGUUCAAAAGUUUCUGGAGUACAGAGUUCCUACUGACCCUAAAAUUGACAAGAAAAUCAUAAGAAUGGAGCAGGAAAAAGCAUUCAACAUGCUCAAGAAGAACUUGAUAGAUGCUGGUGGUGUCCUCAGGUGGUAUGUACAGUUACCCACUCAGCAAGCCCACCAAUAUCAUGAAAUGGAAACUUCCUGCCUCCCUUCUUCACCCUCCCAUUUUUCUGCAUCUCCUCCUGAGGAGGAGGAGGAAGUUGCUAGAGAUGAGAAUUGUACUCUGCCUUCCCGACUUCAUCCUCAAGUGGCAGACAAGAUCAGAGAACUGGUGUCUCAGGGAAUAGAGCAAGUCUAUGCAGUGAGGAAACAACUGAGAAAGUAUGUGGAAAGAGAAUUAUUCAAGCCUGAUGAAGUGCCAGAGAGGCAUAACCUAUCCUUCUUCCCCACUGUGAACGACAUCAAGAACCACAUUCAUGAAGUGCAGAAGUCCCUAAGAAAUGGCGAGGUGGUGUAUAAUUCAGAAAGCAUUCCAGCAACGUUGCAGUGGACAACAGACAGUGGGAACAUUCUCACAGAAACAGUGACUGUUACUUUUGCCUCACCAACUUCAGCUGGGAGCUCACCAGCGGAGUCAGUCGUCACCAAAGGAGAAUCCAACCAGAGCGGGGAGUCCUUGGUACCAGAAACAGUUCAGCUGUUGUCUUCAUUAUCUUCACUUCAGCCCAAGAUAUUUGCACAACUUCAGGGAUUACAGCUGCAGUCAACUUUUACCUCCACAAAUGAAUCAGCAGCCCUGGUAGCUGUAAAUAACCAUUCCCCUCCCAGCUCUGCAAGUCUCUUGGAUUCCACAGGGAGUGCAAUAAUGAACCAUUCUCUAGUACUUGGUCCGGGGCACAGUCUGCAAGCAGGUGCUGGCCUAGCACAGCAUAGUGCUGCUGACACUGCUUAUGGGACUCCACCUGGCUCUAAUCAGAGUCUGGUCACCAUGGGCCAGCUGGUAGCAGUUGAAGGGGUAGAUGAUUCCAGAAGCCCAGAAGGAGUCCAGCAAAUUUUUUUGGGAGAUGUACAGGCUCUUCCAGUACGGAUUGUGGACAGCCAUCCUGCACUUACUGAAGAAAAUACAGAGGGUGUUAUCUGUGCAAGCCACGUUAAAGAAGAGCCAAGAGAAAAAGCAUUAUCCAUGGAGCCAGAUAAAAUCAGAGACUGCCACAGAUCCUCCUCUAUUUAAAUCUGUGAAGGCUGUAAAGAUUUUUCAAAGCAGAGGAUUCUAAGUGUCUUGGAAGGAAAGGCAGGUACUCUAAUGCCAUUCUUUUAAAAUGGUAUUGUGACAUUCAGACUGGGCAUAUUAUACACUAGUUCUGACAGACAGCUGUUUUGAUAUACAAUUGAUGUAACUCACUGCCAAUUCCAGGUCAUCCAGUUACCAUGUGGAACACCAGCUCUCUUUUAUUUCAUAUUUUGAGUAGUUUGGACGCUAUCCACAUGGCCCAUUUUGGUCAGCAUUUCUGAAGGUCUUCCAUAAUUAGUUUAAGAAUAUGGAUUAAAAUGCUGGCCUUGCUUUUCUCCUUGAGACCCUUGACUAUUACAGCACUAUAGAGACCAUAAAAUCUGCCAGCUUCCAGACCACAGAGUCCAACAGCAAAGUGUAUCAAUGCAUCAAUAGUUUUGUGACAAAAUGAAGGUCGAAGAUGGUACAUUUCAAAGUGAUGAAGGACACAGAUAUUUAAGAAAAGCAACUUUGACCUGAUCAUAAUGUUAAUGAUGUGAAGAUCCAAGGAGAGGAGAAAGGAUCACUUACCUCUGAGAGUACUCCAGCUAAAACCAGCAAGAGAUCAGAAUGGAGAACAGAAGAGGAAGUGAAGUUUGUGUGAAGCUGCUUCCAGGAGAUAGAAGGCUAUCAAAGUUGCAGCUCAAGUUUGCAAUUUCUUCUGGCUGAAGUGGUUCACUUUGAACGUGUGCUAGUUAUCUUCUGAAUGCAAAGCGGUAUAACAACAGUUCUUGGUUGUUGACAAAGCUGCUACCACACCUGAGGUUUUGUACCUGGAAGGAGAUGAAGGUGAGAAACUUCUUAAUCUCCUACUGAGAAGAGAUCUGUGGAGUGAGGGCAUUACCAGUUUUACAACUGGUGGGGUGCAUGGUGGUGGGGGAGGUAUUGUUUUAAUUUGUAUUUAUUUCUCACUAUGCGAAUAUAUUUUAAUUGGCAAUAAAUUAAAUUAAUUUCCCCUGUUAAGGCUGUUUUGCUUGUGACUGUACUGGUAAGUGAUCUCAUCUUUAUCUGAACUCAUGGGUUUUCUCUACUGAUUUUCUCCCCGUCCUGUUGAGAAGGUAGAGUUGGGAGAGUGGCUGGGUGGGCCAGUCAGCCCACAACACCUUCUCAGUCAUCUGAGUUGCGAACCUCUCACAGUAUUUCCUAGCCUAGAAGGUAGUGGACUGUGGUGAUACAGGAGGAGGCGAUAGUUUGAAAUGUAUGAAUUGAUGUCUAAACUGUUUCAGAUGGACUGGACUAAUCAAAGUGUUUCUUCCUGGCAACUGAUUCUCUAGAGUAAAUUUGGGCAAUUCUUACUUGGUUUACAGGGCUUUUUGGGUAAUUCCAUAAGUACUUGAAUAAAAACUUCAAUUUGAACUUGAGUCACAGUGGCAAAUACUUCAGAUCUCUUUGAUCACUGCAAACAAAUACUGCCUUGAAUCUGUUAAGCAGGGUGCAAAAUGGACCAAAUUUCUCUUUUUAAAGAGUCAUUCUGUGCAUAGAAAGGACAAUACCCUGAUUAAAUUGGGAUUUGUACCUCUGAAUGUGUUCUGGCCUUUCAAGUUCUCAUUCACUUUUUCACUGUAGUAAAUCUCAGCUGCAAGGUCAAUGAACCUCUAUAAUCCAUUACAUUUCUUGUAGAGAAGAACAUCUACCAUAUUUCUGUUUUACAGGUUCAAGCAUGGAGGAGUUGCUCUGAGGAAAGGAUGCUGCAGCAGUACUUUCUACUUCAUUUACUUUGCUAGUGUUGCUCUUGCAAGUGAUGAGGGUGAUAGCAGCAUCUUGACAGCAUUAUAUCUAGUUGUGCUUCUGAAGGGGAUAAAGUUAGAGGUGAGUACAAUUUUUAGUGAAAGUACUGUGAGUCCAUGCAUGGGAGAAGAAAUAAGCAGAGUUUGGGAAUGAGAUUUAAGUUCCUGUGCUUUUCAGGGAGCAUUUUCCUGUUGCAGUGAGAAGGGAACUUCCUUAGAAAGUAAGUUUCUGUUUUGUAUGUGGGUUCUUUGUCCACCUACCAAAAAUAACCUGUGCUUUCCUCUAAGGGUAUCUAGACAGGAUACUAGGCAAGAUGGCUCGGCUAGGGAUGCUAUUUGGAAUACAAAAUUGAUGGAAUCAACUUCCUAGCAUUAACUAAGUCUAUUUUUUUUCUUCCUCUUUCUCCACAUCUCACCAUGAAAAGAAGAUUCUCUGUUAAAAUGAGCAUGGCAAAUCAUUAGAGCUGUUUGUAUGGAGGACACAAAACUAUUUGUGGUGGACCAAGAAGACUUCUUAGCUAAUAAAUUGGAGGAAGAGCUUCAAAAAGGAUUGUGCUGUCAUUGUAACUUCAUCAUGUAAUUUCUUCCAAUGAUAUCACUCACUUUUGACUAUUGUUUUGACUGUUUAGUUAUUGUAUAAUAUAUUUCAUAAAUUUUGUUAGCUAUGUAAAGGUCGUAGAUGAAAUGCACAUAAUGAUUCUCUUGUCUCCUGAGGUUCUAUCAAAGAGAGAGGAAUUCCCCAUUUUGCAGUUGUCGGGAUCAACCAUGAGUACUUAGCCACCAGCUCCUCUUGAAGGACAUAUGAUUGUACAUGUUCCCCAACUACCAAAAGUUUUUUUGUGCUGAAAUACUCCAUUAACUUCUGAACUUGGUUCACACAAAAUGAAUUUGCUUGCAAUGCUAUAGUUGGGGUCAUGAAAAUGUGGCACCUUUCAUUUAAAAAACUACUACGAAAACUACCCUACGAAAACUAACCAAAUUUAUCAUCCUCAGAAGCCAUAACCUAGGGUUUAUCAGUUGCAACAGUAAAACAAUCAAUGUUUUUGUUGUGAAAUUGUUUUUCCUUCUUUUUUUUUUUUUUUCUCCAGCAAGCUCAAUCUAUGAAAAAAUUCUCUACUACUUCUCUUUCAGAUAUGUGAACUUCUUUGCAAAAUGAUCUGAGGUAUUACUAGUGAGUUUAGCAAACAGCUGCAAAAUGGAACAGUUUUGCUGUGGAUAGGUGAUUCAAAAAAUCACAGUCAAUCAGCGUAAUACUUAGUAAGGUAAGGUCUUUCAGACAUUGACCAAAGGCUAAUACUUUUGGUGAUAAUGCAUUUAUUCUGAGCUUGCAAACAGAAGUAGUGAUUAUAAGCCGUUGCAGAAAGAACUGGUAAAUAAAGUACUUUGUAAAAUACCAA